AUGCACGGCCGCGCCAGCUCUAUAUGCAGGCCCCUCUUCAACAUUGAGGCUGGCUCACCCCGCUCGCCCAUGAGCCCCAACGACCCCGACAGCCCCCGUUCGCCUUCUCCUACCCUCAAUCAUCGUAUUCCUGCGCACCGGCGGUUCAUCAACUGCCUCUACAGCGAUAUUGACGGCCCCAACCUCCACUGGGCUGCGGUCUACAUGGCAUUCUUGACGGGUAUGACGGCUGCCCCUUCGUUUGCCGCUUGCUUUGUUUGGUGUGGAUUUCAAACUGGUAACGCUGCCCAGCUCGGACUGGCCAUCGCUCGGCAUAUGGUGCCCGACCACCAGCUCUCCGAGGAACAGCGCUUUGGGUUUCAAAAGAUGGAUCAACAGGCUCUGGUCAGUCUCUUGAGCUUUUGCCUCGCAACCAUGCUCGGUCAGAUAGGGAACAGGGUGGGAGGCAAGAAGCGGGUUUGGCUUGUCGGGGCGACACUCGGGCAGAUGUUGUUGGUGGGCAUGGCUUCAUUGUUGGCACACUUGUCUGGCGAGACGGGUUUGGCUACAGCACGAGGUGAUCCUUCCUGGGCGACUCCCACCGGCAUGUCUGCUUUGGCCUUUUUGUCUGCCGCCAUAGGUCUGCAGGGCGCUGUCGGCACUAAACUCGGUACACCUAUGGGAACCACAGUCCCUCUCACGAGCACCUGGAUCGACCUCUUCAACGACCCCUUUCUCUUUGCAUUCCGCCACGUUCGCACGCGCGAUGUCCGUGCUUUCGGCUGCCUGGCCCUCAUCAGUGGCGCCAUGAUCUCCAGGAUCAUCUUGGGCUACAUUGGUCCGGCAGAGACGAUCGCAGUCUGCCUGGCCUUUCGAGCGUUGCUUCUCGUGUUUUGGUUUGCUAUUCCUGACACAGAGUCGAGACUCGGCGGAGGAGGCGAUGGCGAGCAGGUGGAACAGGGGCUCGAAAAGCCUUGA